GAGCCAGAAAAAGAGAGAGCGGGCGACAAACAGCCAGUAAUGGUCAUCCACACACAAGAGCGCAUGUAGGUGUGGUGUAAAGAACAGGAGUUGUGUCUGAAGCAUGGAGUUAAGCCUAGCGUAAUUCCAGGUGCGUACAAGAGCGUCAUGGAUAAAGCGAAACUAGCGCAGCUGAGAUCAGUGAUUGGGAAUGUCGGGGACGCGUUAAGUCAUCACGAGCCUCGGCGCAGACACCGGUGCCUUUCCAGUCUGUUUUUCGUCGUCGUGAUGCUUUAGUGAUGUAGGUUUUCGAGACGCACAGGUGGGAGCGCCGUGUCUUCACACCAUAGUGCACUUGUUUCUCUUUCUGACUUCCACUGAUCGGUUUGGGUGAAACGACAGACUAAACAUGGAUACGCCGAGGGAAACCAGGAAACAAACAAUCAAAGCCAAAUCAGCCAAGCGCAAGAAUAAGACGCACAAGUCCCAGAAGCUGUUCAGAAGGAAAUCGCUAAAAUCGCUUGGAAAUUUUAUGAGCAGGAUUGUCAAAACUUUGGGCACUUUGGCACACUUGGGGGACGCGGACCAGCCGGACACGGCGGAGGAUGAUGAUGGUGGGUUUGGAGACACUCUGAGCGCCCACAACUCUGGGAAUCACAGAGAGAGCUCGGUGAGGAAGACCGCUGCGCCCUCAUCUUCUUAUGGGUCUGUCAAAGAAAGACUGUCCUGGUGUUACGGCGAGAAAACUCCGGGAGUUCAGGGUCUGAAGAACCACGGAAACACCUGUUUCAUGAACGCCGUGGUGCAGUGCUUGAGUAACACGGAACUUCUGGCAGAGUAUUUGGGUCUGGAGCAGUAUAAAUGUGAAUUCAGUGAGCGGAGGAUCAACGGGAUGAUGAAGAAUGAGGAGGUCAUGGGGGAGGUGACGGAGAAGCUGGCAUCGCUAGUGAGGGCGCUCUGGACGCUCGAUUACACGCCUCAGCUCUCAGUGGAAUUUAAGAGUGUUGUGUCCAAGUACGGCUCUCAGUUCAAGGGGAAUGCUCAACAUGACGCUUUGGAGUUCCUGCUGUGGCUUCUGGACCGUGUACAUGAGGAUGCCAACCUCUCCACCAACAACAACCACAACAGCAAAACCAAAUCAUCCAUCAAGGGUCCUGUGGGAUUGGAGGAGAGUUCAUGCCCCGGCCCAGCAAACUCACAGCAGCCUGGAACUCGACACAGUUUCGUACAGGAGCACUUCCAAGCUCAGUACAGGUCAUCAUUGACGUGCCCUCAUUGCCUUAAACAGAGCAACACUUUUGACCCUUUCCUGUGUAUUUCACUUCCAAUCCCACUGCGACAGACCAGGGCCAUGAAUGUGAUUCUGGUUUUCAACACUGAAGGUCAGCGGUUUCUGAGAGUAGGGUUGGCUGUGCCUCUCUUUGGGUCUAUCUCAAUGCUCAGGGCCAUGGUGGCAGAGGAGGGCAAGAUCUCUCCAGACCAGGUGAUUUUGACAGAGAUGAACUCAAAUGGGUUCCAGCGCUCUUUCUCUGAUGAAGAUGAUAUGACGAGUAUCUCAGAGACUGAUGUCAUCUACGCCUUCCAGGCUCCACCCCUCUUCACAAGAGGAGGCUCCAUGCGAUUCUCAGGGUUCCAUCACUCCCUCCCUUCCUCGCCAUACAUUGCAGAUCCCGAAGGUCACAGGUUACCACCCUCAGGGACGUUAUCAUCAGAAUUUUUGAAUCAGGGUGGUUCUUCAAAGAUCCUCCUGCUAAUUUGCAAUGUUUCUGGGUCUGGCCAGCAAGCUACAAGGUUUGGGCCUCCGAUCCAGAUGAGAGUAGAAAGGACUCUGUCUUGGGAUCAUCUACAACAGAGUGUCUGCAAUAAGCUUUACUUGUUUAAAAAAAAUGCAAUCAUAAAGACUACUGAACUGUUUAGGAUUCGUGUGGUGGGUGGGUCGGCUUCCUGCAGUUACCUGUCUCCCCACGACAGCAGACCUCUGUGCCACCCAACCGUGGACAGGGCCCUGAAAUUAUGCGGUCCUGGCGGUCCUCUGCAUGUGAAGCUUGUAAUUGAAUGGGAGAACAAGAUCAAAGAAUGUAUCUUUGGUAACAUUCAAGAGGAAGUUAUUGAGGAUGCAGAGAGUGUGAGAAUCCAGCAGCAGAAUCAUGUACAGCAGCACAGCUGCACGCUGGAUGAGUGUUUUCAGCUCUACACCAAAGAGGAGCAGCUGGCACCAGAUGAUGCAUGGAAGUGCCCCCACUGUAAGCAGAUGCAGCAGGGGAUGGUGAAGAUGAGCUUAUGGACCCUGCCUGACAUCCUCAUCCUGCACCUCAAGCGUUUUCGGCAGGUGGGCAAACGGCGAAACAAGCUCUCCACCCUCAUUGGCUUUCCGAUAAGUGGUCUGGAUAUGACUCCCCAUGUGGUGAAACGCAGUCAGAGCAUGAAGAAUCUGGCCCCGUGGCCUGCAACUUGGAAACAUGGUGAUACUGACUUCCUUUAUGACCUGUAUGCAGUCUGUAACCACCACGGAGGCAUGCAUGGAGGCCAUUACACAGCCUAUUGUAGAAACUCGGUUGACAGCCACUGGUACAGUUAUGACGACAGCAGUGUGGAGAUUGUGCCAGAGGAGGAACUGUGCACACGAGGGGCAUAUAUCCUGUUCUACCAGAGGCGAAAUGCCAUCCCGCCCUGGUCCGCCAACAGCUCGGUCAGAGGUUCCACCAGCUCCUCUAUGUCAGAUCACUGGCUCAUCCGUUUGAAUGGUGACAGUAAAAGGGGAAGUAUGGUAUCGCGGUCUUCCACAACAUGCCCUUCUUCCAUCCCAGACUCCCCAGAGUCUCCUGUCUUUCAAAAUGAACCCUCAGUUGAAGAGAGAGUGUCUCUAGGUGGGUUCGAAAGCAGACCUUUUGUGCGAGGAAUCCAAGGGCGUAGUGUAAGCAUGAAAAGUCCCACUAAAACCAGAGUGCUCCCACUGCGAUGGUCCUUUGGAAACAAAGACCGCCACAAACCUGCCCAAGCUCCUGGCCAGGCUCCUGCAGAGCUGGUGGAGUAUUUAGAGUCCGGCAGAAGGCCAAGGUGCACCAAAGACCCCAUUGUUGCCCUAAUGACACGACCUUCAGAUAAAGAAAGCGGUAAAGAAGAAGAAACGAAAAAAUCCACAGCCAAAUCUUCAAGUCACAGCAACCUCGGACCUCCAGAGUAUCUCAAAAUACCGCAGGGUCAAGAAAGAAGUAACUCAGAGAAAACAACGGGUCAACAACCCAGCAGCAGCAGUAGAUCAAGAGAAGAUGGAACUUUGACCAGACGAAGCAGCAGAAAAUCAAAACAGGACAAAUCACAGUCCAGAAACAGCUCUGGCACAGGGAUCCAAUCUAGUUCCAGUGGUCCAAGUGGGUGGGAAACAACACUGAGGGAUGAUCCAGGCAAGGAGCGAGACCAUCUAGAGGAGAAACAGAGAAAGGGACAGGAGACAAAGCAUCACGAUAGUGUCUUUGCUUUCCUUAAAGGCGGUUUCAUGAAGAAAGACUCGCUUCAUAGGUCCCGAGACAGUGAUUCUGUGAAAAGGGGUGACGCAGAGGUGAAGAGCCCAUCUGGAGUUUCACUCUCCAAUGGGACACACAAAAGAACUUCAGAAGGAAAAGCAAAUGGCACUAACCAAGUUCGUAGCAGACUCGGAGAUGAAUUUGCAAAUGGAAAGGUGAGUCGUGGGUCAUCAGACAUCAAACGCUCACAAAGUUCUUCCAAUAUUCAACGCAAGGCCGAUCUAAGCUUAAGAAGGACGGCAUCUCUACACAGGAAUGGCACAUCGGCGGCUCAGCCGCAGAGCGUUCCUAUGGACAGGGGCUCUCAGAACACCCUGCAACGCACACGCUACAGCACAAACUCACUGGGCAGAAAGAAGGCAGUGCCUGAAUCAAGCUUCUGAGACUUACUUCACUACACCCAAAUAUCACAACAGCGUAGCAAAUAUCUAAAAGCCCACGUAAGAACUAUAAUGAGAAAUAAAUAUUUGAAAUGAUGGAAGCACACUAUGAAGUUUGCACAUACAUUUGUAACUAGUGGAUGAUAUUUUUGUUCACUUUUUUCUGCUUAUAUGAAGUGCCUCUGAACCAGAGCUAUUUUUUUUAUUUUUGUCAGAUUGUGUUUUGGCACUGGAAGUACAUUACACACUGGCCUCUGCACCAUGAUUUUGAAUUGAAAAAUUAUUUGCCUCGUAUUUGAUUUUUAUGUGCCACUAAAUAGAUUUAUCACCUGUAAUACAUGAAGGGAAUCGCUAUAUAUAACUUUUCAGUUUCAUCUUUUAUGAUUCUGUAGAUUGUACUGAAUGGCUGCUAACCUCUCAUGGGUUUUCAUGACAAUUAUCAAAGAUGUCAGUUCUUGCACUUUCAGUGAAUUUAUUGCACCACUGUCUGACAUAAUCAUGCUCUCAGACCAAAACAUGAAGUUUAUUAAUUUUUGCUUGUUUUGCAGUAUGCAUUAAGACAUUUACAAAUUUGUAUUAUAAAAUUAUUUUUAAAAAAGUAUGAAAUCUAAGGAUGGCAUGUUGACAACACAAUGUAUUAGACAGAACACCUUAAUAAAUCACAACAACCUUACCUUAUGGUUUAAUCCAACACCUAAACCUAGUUUGAAUGCAGUAACACAAACCUGUUUAGCUUAAAGGAUAGUACACCAAAAAAUGAAAAUUGUCAUUGUCUACUCACCCUCAUGUUGUUCCAAACAUAUUUGGCUUUUUUUCAUUAAUAGACCCCAAACAGAGAUGUUAAGCAGGAUGUUCAUGCUGCUCUUUUCCAUGACACCAUUAACUCUUUAAAGCCUAUUUGAUACAUUCAACUAGGGCCUCUAAAUUAUCAACAAAAUCAAAACAUCACUCUACAUGUUCAACACAAUCUUCUGCCCUCUGAUUGAUAGUAUGUGCUUUUUAGCAAGUACAAGGUCUUUUUGUAAAAAAUUAAAAAAUGUCCACCUUCUGUUCAUGGAACAUGUCUUUUUGCUGUGAAUUCUUGAUUCUUAUAAAGUAAAUUUAAGAAGUACAUUUUUUGUGUUAUUAAUGUUUCAAUAUUGGACUGAAGAAAGUUAGGAUUACACACACUCAAGUAUUAGUUAAUAAUGAUAGUCUCAAAUUCUUUUAAAAGUGUUUUGUUUUUCUCACACAAAUUUCAACUACAGAAAUUUUGAAAUUCCAAGGCUUCAAAACACUUGAAAUUUAUCAGACUUGUAAUAUGGACUACUUUUAGUGUGCUGUCUGAUAUAUUUGUAGCUUGACACCCCCAGUCAUCAUUGACUUUCAUUGUAUGUAAAAGAGCAGUGUGAAUAUUCUGCUAAAGUUUUGAAAAAAAGAAAGAAAAACAUACAGGUUUGAAACAACAAUGUUCAUUUUUUCAUUCCUUUCAUCAAGCUCAUCUGAAAAUAUUUGAUGUGUUCAAAUAACAUGGGGAUCUAGCAAUACCAAUGACUGCAGAGUAAAGAAAAGCCUCAAUGUAACCAGUAAAGUGACCUUAAAGCGUAGACGUCCAUGACACAGAUCGUGUUUGGCUCUAAUUGCUCUGAACAACAGUCAGAAUAUGUGAUAUUGUCACCUUCCUAUUUGGACUAAUUGGGGCCAUAUGCCCAUUAAUCUGAUGAAUAAAACAAGACAAACAGUCAUUCUUAUGUAUCCCUCUCUAGAAGCAAUUAAAUAGUCUGAAUGCAGCUCAUUAAACUCUACUGCUAUAUUUGCACUGCAAAGCUAUUAUUUUGCAAAAUAUAACAUUUUUGCAUUAUCAAAGAUUUAAAUAGCUUCUUUUCUCUCUGUGUGAUUGUGAUUGAAUUAAAACUCAAAUACCAAACUGAAUCAAAAUCCCACAUUUAUGUGUUAAAUUAAGUCAUAGACCAAACAGAAAGUGUCCUGUUGAUUAUUGCACAUGAUAUGGAAUAUUCACUAGCUCCUCAAAUGUAAAAUACUAUUUGUUUAUCUCUUUGCAAUCUAUCUGAAUUUCUUCCAACAUAGGCUCAUUAGAAAAAUGAGCCUCUACCUCAAUUUCUGCAAAACUCCAAAAACGUAUCUAUACAUAAUAUUCACAGCAGUUUCCAGCUGAAAUUAACACUAGUGGAGGUAAAACACUAACAACUUUUAUUCUUUUUUACACAAAUUAUGAUUACAGGAGCAGAUUAUUUAUCAAUAAAGACUUAUGUUUGUGCAGUUCCUUGCACAAUAUAAUAUUAUGUUUUGACCUCAGAACAGUUUUACCACAGUGCAUGAUUUGUAAACUAAUACUGUACAUAGUGUUUGCAUCAUGUGACCAGCCAUUCCAUAAAGUUAUGCGCCAUCUAAUAUAGUAAACUUGCUCUGUAACUCACCUGGUACAGCACUGCAAAUGUGACGCAGAGCACUUCCGCAGGAGUGCUGCUGAAACACAUCACAUCAAAAGAGCUCAAAGACUUGAAGAUGCAAGCUUAAAUGACAUGGCAAAUGCGUCUUUAUCUCAUGAUUUUAACAAUAUAUUGUGAGUGGUAUUGUAUGUCAGAUGUGAUGGAGCAUUCACAUUUAGCACCACAUAUGUUUCAUUUAUAAACUGUGACAAUUUGUACAACAACCAGUGUAAUGAAACAUUGCCAGAUUCACAUUCACCUGUUUGGAGGACGAUUAAACGUUAGCAGUGCUUCUGCAUGCUUGAGUGCAAGAAGCAACAUAAUAUAAUCUGGCCGAAUUGUUGCCACAGACAUGUUUUUCCAGUGAACCCGGGUAUUGUAUGCAGUAAAGUUUGAAUUGCACUGUAGAAUAAGGUUUAAUUAUUGAGAUAAAUUUACAGAUAUGCUGUUUCUAUAUCGCACGGUUUAUAUUAGUUUUUGUUGAUCUGAAUAAGCAAAGAUAUGAAGUGAAGGUUUGUUUGUUUCAGUGCUCAAACACUUUCUGCCUGUAUGUUCGGAACAAGAGUUUAUACUUUUAUAUUGCA